GUUUCCAAGUUAUAUAUAUAUAUAUAUUCACUGGUUAAUAAUCCCGCCGGUACUGAAGCCAUUAAAAGAACACCCAAUAAUUUGUUAGGCACUGUACGAAGUAUUUGAAAUACAGGAAAGAAAUACCAUUCAGGUAAUAUUUCCAAAGGAGUUGCAAAAGGAUCCGCAGGUUCACCAAUCAUUGAUGGUUCUAAAACCGCUAAGCCUACGUUACAGGCAAUGGUACCAAGAAUGACUACUGGAAAAAUAUAUAAAAGAUCAUUGGGCCAUGCGGGCUCUCCGUAAUAAUUAUGACCCAUACCUUUAGCUAAUUUAGCUCGUAAUACAGGAUCAUUCAAAUCUGGUUUUUUUGUUAUUGGGAUAGGUGAAUUCUUAUGGAUCCAUCCCCCGAGGGAACCGGACAUGAUAAUUUUUCAUCAUCCGGCUCGAGCAAGAAUUAACCAAACUAAAUUAAUACAUACAAAAAAUAUAUAUGUGAUGACGCUUACCUUCGUAUUUUUUUGUUGAGCAACAUGACUCACAAUAGUUGUUUCAUCUCUAUGUUCGCACACAACUUUUCUGGAAUCAAACACAAACAAAAUAAAUAUAUCAGAGUCAAAGAAACACAACGAAUUCAGACAACCAUAUGAGGGACAUCAUAACUUUGCUGAUUCUAUUUACUUUCAUUUAGUACAAACAAAAAAUUUAAAAGAGAAAAUUAAUACCCGCGCGGUCGCGCGGAUCCAGGACUAGUAUAUAUUAUUGAGAAAGACAAAGAAAAAGAACCGAAGUCAUUGAGAAUCCUCCAUUUCACGUCUUUCCUAAGCAAACCAACAAAACUUGCUCAGCUUCUUCUUCCUCCUAGAGCAGAGACAAACUACCAAAAAUGUCAGAUUCAUUUCACCGGAGAAAACUCACGUCAUCGGACUUAUACCGAGGCCGGAGCUCCAGGACCACUAGACGUAAGGUGAAGCACCAAGUCUCUCGUCGUAAGAUUCGUUCAAAGUCUAAUAAAAUCCUCAGCCGAAGUUUCUCGGAGCCGAAUCUCCACCAAAGCAUCGCUGUUGAAGAUGAUGGUGAUCGACUUUGCUCUACGCCGGUGGUAGAUCUCCCGGAGGAGAUCGUUUACCUCUCCAAGAUCCGUUCGGAGGUUUUCGCUUCAGCUCCGUCGUUAUCUGGCUUCUCUUCACCCUCUUCUUCUCCGAUUAACCAACAGGUUUACAAGAGAGAAGCAGAAAAGGUUGUGAUCAAUGUAUUAGUAGAAGGAAGUCCAGGACCUAUAAGGAUUUUGGUUAAGCUAAGUUGCAGCGUCGAAGAAACGAUCAAGAUGGUUGUGGACAAGUAUCGCAAAGAAGGACGAACACCGAAACUCGAUGAAGAUCUUGCCUUUGAACUGCAUCAGUCUCACUUUAGUAUCCAAUGUUUGGAGAAAACCGAAAUAAUUGGUGAAAUAGGUAGUAGAAGCUUUUACAUGAGGAAGAAAGAACCUGAAAACAUGAUUCUGGUGAUAAGGAAUCUUCCGUCCUCAUCGAACUUGUUCCAAUCUUUUAUCGCACAAAAGAUUGGGAGAAUUGUGAGGAGGACAAGGAAGGUAUGGAACAUGUUGGUAUGUGCUCAGUGAACAACAAAACCGGUUUUAAACAGAAACAAAGUAUUGUUCUAGUUAUGUUUUACACUUGGAGCUACACAUAAUAUUUACUUGUGUUAGCUCAACUUUUCUAAAAGAGAAUCAGUUCUUUGUAAGCUUAUUUACUUUAUGACUUGCAACAUAUAGCUGAUCCAAAAAAAAAAAGACUUGUAACAUAUAAGCUAUAGCUAUUAUAUACAUUCGAAUGUAAUUGUACUCUAAUUUUACUCGAAAAUUUCAUUUUAUAAAAAAUCGAGUUGUAAAUAGAACAGUUUUUACAUUUGUAUAUUUUUGGCAGUGUGAAGUUUUUU